CAGAAAAUAAAUGUACAGAAUAGAAUUCUAUAUAAUUCUAAAGACGUCAAAUAAACGAUGGCAACAAGUUCAAUUUCAACAUCAUUAACUCUUGUUUCUUUGAGAGACGUGGCUUGAAGAACGGUAUCUCGACGUAUUCCGUUUGCUUCCGUUUUGUACCCGUAUACUGUAUAUAAUACAUAGUUGUAAUAGCUGGCUUGGAUUCACCUGCUCUUUCGCCCGUAAUUCGUUCACACGCACUAAUUGUUUCCUUCUUGAUCUCCUUCGUGUGUUGCUUCACCGAGCGCGGCGUUCAUACGAGAUGACAAUUGUUACGUGUAAAAUAGCAUGGUAAUGUGAGGAUAAAAACGGUGGACACGAGAAAGCUAAAACGCUUUCCGCGAACACUAAAAUCGCGAACGAAAUAAAGAAAAAUUGCCAAGAUGGUUCUUCGUGGUUUAUUGGCCCCUGCGGCAGCUCGUUGGAAGAGAAAUAAAGCCGCGAAAAGAAGUCAAAACGUCGCUUGGGAUAGUGUAAACGCGCCUGUUGGUCAAUUGGGACUGUCGCGUUAUGGACCGCAGGUGAUGAGCGUGCUGUGUUUAUGCACCUCCAGCAUCCACCAAUCUACCCGUAACGUCACGCAGGCCGGCAAGAUACUUCCAAGUCCGCCGUCAGAUACCUUUUGCGAGCAGCAAAUAACUCCAUCGCAGGAAAUACCCACUGACGAGCUGGCUCUAUUAGCUAAGCUGGAGGAAGCCAAUAGGACGCAAAAUAAGGCUGCACUUUUAUCUCAAUAUCGAAAAAUGUGGGAAAAGAUGCUAAUUGAAUCCGAUGCAAAGUCACUGAAUUCUCUUCAGAGCAAUCACAGCAGGAAAGGUUCCGAUACAUCGCAGGUGUCUGUGGCGUCGGGGGGCAGCGGAGGUAACGGCGAUGCUGCGCCUCGACGCCACAACCCAGCCGAUGGUGAAGAAAAUACAUGGACUCUUUGGGGUCAUAUAGUAGCUGAUUGGGAUUACCAUUGGAAAAAACGAAAAGAAUCUGUUAAGGAAUUGGUUCGCCAAGGCAUACCUCAUCAUUUCAGAGGUAUUGUUUGGCAAUUAUUAAGCGGUGCCCAUGAUUCUCCUGUUAAGAAACAAUUCGCCGAAUACAUUAAAGCAACAUCAGCCUGUGAAAGGAUAAUUAGAAGAGAUAUCGCUAGGACAUAUCCCGAACAUGACUUUUUCAAAGAGAAGGAUGGUUUCGGUCAAGAGAGUUUAUUUAAUGUUAUGAAAGCAUAUAGCCUACAUGAUCGCGAAGUAGGAUACUGCCAAGGUUCGGGAUUUAUAGUAGGAUUACUUUUAAUGCAGCAAAUGCCAGAAGAAGAAGCUUUUGCUGUAUUCGUAGCGCUAAUGCAAGAAUAUCGCUUACGGGAUAUGUUUAAACCAACUAUGGCCGAAUUAGGGGUGUGCAUGUAUCAGUUGGAACAUUUAGUUGCUGACGCACAUCCCGAACUUCAUGCUCACUUUACGGCCCAAGGUUUCCAUACGUCAAUGUAUGCGUCUUCUUGGUUUCUUACACUAUUUACCACAGCGUUAAGCCUUCCACUAGCAUGUCGUAUUUUUGACGUUUUUCUAUCGGAAGGCAUGGAAAUUAUCUUUAAGGUUGCAUUGGCAAUGUUGCAAUUAGGCAAAGAAGAUUUGCUCAGUUUGGAUAUGGAAGGCAUGUUGAAGUUUUUCCAAAAGCAAUUGCCUGGAAAGGCCGAAAAGGAUCCCGACGGCCUCAUGACACUUGCGUAUGGAAUGAAGAUCAAUCCUAAAAGGAUGAAAAAACUAGAAAAAGAUCACACCAUUUUAAAGAUGAAGGAGCAAGAAGAGAUGGUCGAAUUACGCAGGCUUAGAGCGGAAAAUAGAUUGCUUAGACAAAGAACUGAACUUUUGGAAGCGGAGUCUGCCGAAUUGGCCGAUAGAUUAGUUAGAGGUCAAGUGUCACGCGCCGAAGAAGAGGAAACUGCUUUUAUAGCGCAGAGAGAAUUGGCAGCGCUUCGGCAUUCGCAUCUCGAGACAAGUCAUCAACUCGAACAGGCGCACGAAGAACUGAGAUCAUUAUCGAUUCUUCUUGAAGAGAAUGUAACAUCUAGACAGUCAUCACUCGACGAAAUAUUAGUGAAGCAAGAAGCAUUGUCGCAGAAAGAGGAAAUGAUACAGUGCUUGCAAGAGGAAUUGGUUAGAGUUAGAUUACACGAAGCAGAAAACGAUGCAUUGAUUAGGGAACUUAGAGGAAGGAUACAAGAAUUAGAACAAGAUAAGAAGACUCUGCGUGAAUCAACACCGGAUAAUUCCGUUGCUCAUUUGCAAGAGGAACUUAUUGCAGUUAAACUCAGAGAGGCAGAAGCCAAUUUAUCUUUGAAGGACCUACGACAGAGGGUCAUGGAACUAAGUGCAGCUUGGCAGAGGCAUCUGCAAGAGCAUCGGUCCGCUCAAUCAACACCUGCCGCUGAUUCUACGCCAAAGAAGCUGCUCUUUUGGGAGAAUCGGGGUCACGAAGUACAGAAAUUCGAGGAAGACUUAAUGACGACCAGAAUUCGAGAAAUGGAGGCAUUGACUGAAGUUAAGGAACUGCGACUUAAAGUUAUGGAGCUUGAAACUCAGGUUCAGGUAGCCACCAAUCAGCUCCGUAGACAAGACGAGGGUGGAAAAGUACUUAAAGAUGAAUUGGAAGCUGCGUUAGCACGAGAAACUGUUUUGGCUGCCAAAUUGAGAGAACAGCAACACAAGUAUUCCGACUUGGAAUCGAAAAUGAAGGAUGAGACUAUGAUGGCUAGGAUACGCGAUGCUGAACAUGCGCAGCAAGUGGCAGAACUUACACAAACGAUAUCUCUUCUCGAAUUGAAGAAUGAGGAAAUGCAUGCGGAAGGCGAACUUAGGAAUAAUUUAGAUGACAGUGAGAAAGUACGGGAGCUUCAAGAUAAGGUCGCUGAAUUAAAAGCUGAGGUCAUGAGACUAGAGAGUUGGAAACAGCGAUGGACGGGACUCGGCGGGCAAACCGUGCGAAGUUUUAGCGUCGAUACUGAAAGCGAAUUGGACGAGCGGGAUCUCAGAAUUUGCUUACAGGAUCAUAUCAAUACGACCACGCCAAACUCACCCGAGAUUAUUGAAAUUGAAACCGGUCAAGAUAAUCGGAAGUACUUGUAAAAAUUAGUACUCGCGAGCGUGGCUCGUUCCUUACAGUGACUUGGAUAAUUACUUCCAUGUAAGUAUUCGCGUAAACACCUUGCUACUUUCUUUUACAGCGAGUCACCUUAGCCUACUUGCAACGCGUCUUCUCUCGCUUGGCCUAAAUCGUUACGUCCCUUUCGUUACGUUCCUUUAUUGCGUCAAAUAACUGGCAUUGUUUUAACCGUGUCACAGUACACACCGUAAAUCUAUGUAUCAAUGUGUAUAAGUCACGAGUCACUUUCGAUAGGAGCCCUCUUCGCUUUUCACGCAUGCAUGUGUGCAAAUUGGCAUGAGCGUAUCAUAACGAAGAUUCGACGAAACGAUAUUAGUAUUUUUCGAUCGUGCGCUUUAAAAGCAGUUUUCACGCAAAAACAAAUCGCGCAGGGAUUCAAAGAAAAAGAAAAGGGAGAUACCAAAACCGAUAUUAAUUAAGGAAGUAUGUGAAUUGUAGAAAACGCGAAUACGAUUGUUCACGAGGUGUCGAGCAAUGUAUUUAUUGUAAGUAGCACGACGAAGAAUAAAUGUGCAAGAUCGAAGAGAAAGUGACGUUUGUAUCUGCGUUUUUUAAUUUAACGGAGGUAUUUACAGUGGUUUUUCUUUUCCGAUUCUGUUGCAUGUUACGUUAUUAAAAGGAUUAUGCUG